GUGAGCGCAACGUGUAUGGAUGCGGGUUGACGGCAAAACGCGAAAAAGUCCAAAUAGUUUGGAGUACAUAAAGGUCUUGCAUCGUGUUGUGGUGUGUGGUAGGGAAAACAAAAACAAUUUGUGAUAUUGUGUGCCGCAGGAAUUUGUGUAAAGUAAAAGAUCUUGCUACGAAAUUUUCUUUUUCAAGGCGCAGGCAAAUAUCAUUGCGGUAAAGCUACAAGUGUCUUUCAAUUAAAUACGGUUCGAUUGCCAUUCGAAUAUAAAAAGCAACACUAAAUAUAAUAGCAAUAAUUGAAAAUAGCACGUGCUCCUAACUGCAUUCACAUAAUAUAUACACAAAGGUAUGUAUAUCCACAUGAAAGAGACUCAAGUGACAAACGUAAACGUGCAACAAAUGAUUAGUUGCCAUCGCUGUUGACAGCAACAAUAAGACAGGCGCAUAAAAAAAACUGAAACAAAAUAAACAAACGAAAGAGUUUGGCGGCAAACGCAUGCAACGAAGAAUAAAAUAAGAAAACAAUUAAAAAAACUACCAACCCGUGUGUUGCAGAGCGCAUAAGCGGACGCAGUACGCAGCUAGUCAACUAGUUUGUUGCAACAUUAAUUAACAGACAUAAMUUUACAACAACAACAAGCUAAAGUACACAACUGAGAGCAUUCGCUCAGUUUGUUCCAAUCGACGGUGCAACAACAAUGGGCACACGUGUUCCACCACCUUGCCCCACACCAUUACACUGCGAUCAGGCUGCUAUGGCUGGCCUGCCACAGCUCAUCACCGACUUGCAACGUCUGUCCGAGGAUCAGGAGAGCGCCGAUUUGGUAUUCAUUUGCGGACGUGAGGAGGAACGUAUUUAUGCUCAUCGCAUAUUGUUGAUGGCACGCUGCAAGAGCUUUAAAACGGCUAAGCGCGGCGAAAUCUGUCGCAUACCCGGCUGCUCUGUGUCACCAGCAGCGCCCGGUACACCCACGCCUGUGCGACUGCCGCAUGUCAAUCCGGAUGUAUUCCGCCAAUUCAUCGUAUAUGUCUACACAGCGAAGAUUAUGCUGCAAGAUUCACGUGUUUUCGAGAUGAUGACACUCGCGCAAGAUAUGGGCGUGGAAGAAUUGCGUGCGGCAUGUGAAGAUCAUGUGAUUUCAACAUUAUCAGUAGACAAUGCAUGCACAUUUCUCACUUCGGUCAUGGAAAUACACGAAAAAGCAGGAGCAAAAUGCGCCGCUUCAUUUAUGGAACGUUGCAUUAUCUACAUUGGCGAAAAUGCCAGUGAGUGUGCUAAGACUAAUGCUUUUCUCAACUUAACCAAGGAUGCAUUAGUAAAACUAAUAUCUUCUGAUUAUUUUUGCCUCGAAGAGGAGGAUGUUUGGCGUUGCGUGCUCGCCUGGGCUAAGAAUCAAGCUGGUGUCACACAACCUACCGCACACUGGACGGAAGAGGAACGUGCUCGCGUUUGCCAGCAUCUAUCUGGUGUAAUGUGUCACGUGCGUUUGUUGCUAAUCGAUAGUCAAGUAUUUGCCGAAGAGGUAGAACCCACCGGUGCUGUACCUAUGGAAUUGUCGUUGGAACGUUAUCGUUAUGCAGCUUUACACUCGAAUAAGGGAGGUGGUGGUGUCGGCGGUGGACAAAUGCUGCCCUCCAUACCGGGCAUGACCGAAGAUGAUAAACGUUUACAGCCGCGCUUGACCGUCAACAUGUUUCCCGGUUCGCAGUUGUUGCGCAAUGAUAAAUUGCAUUUACAAAGUGUGCUAAAUGGAUGGUAUGGUAUGCCCAAACAAUCUUGGCGUUUGGUAUUCCGCGCAUCAACACAUGGUUAUUCUUCAAGCGCUUUUCAUCGCUACUGUGAUGGCGUAGCACCCUGUUUCAUUAUUGGCAUUGGUUCACGUGGUGAACUAAGCGGUGGCUACACUGAUGUUGCUUGGGCAAAAACGAGUCGUAAAGGCGGUUAUAUACAUUCUGAGCGCGCGUUUCUAUUUGCGCUUAAUCCCGCUGGCGGUGAUCCGCCGGUGAAGUUCGAUAUCAUCAAAAAACCCUAUGCCAUUUGCUAUCACCCAGAUUGCGGUCCAAUUUUUGGUGCUGGCGCCGAUUUACUUAUUGCCAACAAUUGCAAUACUAAUAUGGAUUCCUAUUCGAAUUUGCCGCACUCAUAUGAUGGCCCAAAUGCCGCCUAUUUGACACUCUUUGGUGAUUACAAUUUUACGGUUGUCGAUUAUGAAGUUUACACGUUGGUCACAAAUACAACAGCUGCUGGUGGUGUAAUGGGCGGCGUUAGCACAGGAAAUAAUGGCAAUAAUAGCGUUUCGGGCAAUAACGCUAGCAACAACAAUAAUAAUAACACAUCCUACAGUAAUACUGGCAAUAACAAUAACGCCGGCAAUUUGUCGGCAAAUGUUGGUGGAGGCAAUACUGCAGGUGUGGGAGGCAACAGCAGUGGUGGUGGCGGUGCUGUCAGCGGCGGCUUGCACAAACCAAAAUAUGAGAGAUAUUGAUUGUUUCGUGUCUACGCAAUUUGUUUGGUGUAUGUUUUUGUGUACUUAUGUACGCUUUUUUUAGUAUUUCUUUAUUUUUAAGUAUGUGUGCCUUAAAAUAUUUUUGCUAACUUUCAUAGUUUCUUUAGCGUAUGGUAUAA